AUCGAAAUGUGAAGUCUCUAUUAUUGUGGGACGUUGCUCAAUUUCUUGAAAUAAACGCGCGCCAUAUCUUCUGAUCUCUUUCUUUCUUUUCUCCUUCUCAGUCAUUCUCUUGAUUCCAACCCACGUCAAUCAUUUCCGUUUUCACGGAUCACUAUCGUUAAUAUUUCUUCUUUUUGUUCUUAAUAUACAUAAUGAGAGUAAUCCUUCCGACCGUUUUGGGACUCGCGAGUCUCGCGACCGCGCAGACCUCAAAUUCAACCGACUGCGUCUCGGUAUACGUGAACUGCCUCGAUUUGGGGGGAGCCGAUAAUUCCUGCGAGUCCGAAAAUGCAAUCUGCAAAAAUUUGUGUGCCAAUUCAUACGGAAGCUGUUUGGAAAGCGGAAUUGGCGAUGUGGCAUGCAUGACGGAGUAUAAUUCUUGCUUGGAUGGGUUCGCGAUCUUCACCACAGCCGCCAACUCUGCUGGAAAAGACUGUGUAUCCGUUUUCAGUGAUUGCCACGACAGCGGAACGGCAGAUAAUACUUGUAAUUCUGGAAAUGCACAAUGCAAGGACAAAUGCUCUACGAUUUAUGGAACUUGCUUGACGAGCGGCGAUGCCGAUAAUGCUUCCUGCAUGACACAGUAUAAUAAUUGCCUCGACGCAUUCAGCGUCUUCGCCACUGCUGCCACCUCUCAGAGUAUUGACUGCGUCUCAAUGUUCAGCGCCUGCCAUGACAAUCUCACGGCUGAUAAUACCUGCGAUUCAUACAGCGCACAAUGCAAGGAUAAAUGCUCUGUCAUGUACGGAACCUGUUUGAGCUCAGGAGCAGCCAACGACACUCUAUGCAUGGGCCAGUACAAUAAUUGUUUGGAUUCAUUUACUCCUUCCAUCUCCGUUGAUUGUGUUUCCAAUUUCACAAUCUGCAGAGAUAACGGCAUCGAAGCGAAUACUUGCGCCUCCUACAAUGCUCAGUGCAAGGAUAAGUGCUCCGUCAACUACAGUACCUGCCUAUCAAGUGGGGAUGCCGAUGAUUCUGCCUGCUUGACCCAAUAUGAUGGCUGCCUUGUUUCCUUCACAACCGUCGCUGGUAGCUCCGAUUGUGUCUCGAAAUACUCACUCUGUGAAGACGACGGAACGACCCCAGAUAACACCUGUGCCGCCAACAACGCUGUCUGUAAGACAGAUUGCUCCACUUCAUACUCGACUUGCUUGAGUUCUGGAGACUCUUCACUCGCGGCGCCCUGCUUGAGCCAGUAUAAUUCUUGUCUCGACUCGUUCACGUGGAACACCAAUACCACCAUUACAGGACAAGAUUGUGUAUCCAAGUAUAUGAACUGCGACGGUGAAGAUAAUUCCUGUUCUGCCGCGAACGCCCAAUGCAAAAAUAGCUGCUCUGUCUCUUAUGAUGACUGUCGAAGCUCGGGAGAUUCAAGUCUUGAUGAAGAGUGCUUAAUACAGUACGAUAAUUGCUUGGUUAAUUUCAACUCGGUCAUCACAACUCCAGAUUGUGCCUCCGCCUAUUUGUCCUGCGAUGCAGCCGACAAUGACUGCGAAGCCGACUUAGCACAAUGCAAGAACACUUGUGGUGUAGCUCGGGAUACCUGCGAAACCAGCGGAGACGAGUCAUUGUACCCUCAAUGCUUGAAGCAAUAUGAUAGCUGCUUGGUCAAUUUCACCGUUGCCAAAGCCGCUAUUGGUGAAGACUGUGUUGCUUCGUACCUCUCCUGUGAUGAAGCAGACAACGUGUGCUUUGCCGACAAUGCACAGUGCAAAAAUAAAUGCGCAGAGGUUUAUGAUACUUGUAACUCAAGCGGAGACAAUUCCACAGCGGCAGCAUGCCUCAAUCUCUACGACACCUGCCUGGUUUCCUUCUCUGCCAAUGAUACUAUUGCCGCCGGACAAGACUGUGCUACCGAGUACACGGCUUGUGAUGCUUCAGGGGUCGCAGACAACGUGUGCAAUAGCUACUUUGCACAGUGCAAGAAUAAGUGCGCCACAGCAGAUGAUACUUGCCGAAGCUCAGGCGACGAGACCCUGGUGUCGAUGUGUGACAGCAUGUAUAACCGCUGCUUGGAUCCAGUGAUGAACACCAACAUCACCACGAACGCGACGGCGGUUGUGAACGCUACUGCUAUGGUCAACUCUACUUCCUCAUACGUCCUUCCCUCGAAGACUGCUAGCCUGAAUACUACCUACAGCACUCGUGUCAACCUACCUUCAGGAUAUAUCAGUUCGAUACCAACAGCCUCUGCGAAUGGAACUGGCAUUUUCGCAAAUGCCACCUCUUCAGCUUCCGCCAAGUUAGCCGUUGUCACUCCUGCAACUGCUAGCUCUGGAUUCGCUCUUCCAUCUCAGAGCACUGUUGCAACUCCCAGCUUCGCCAAUGCCACGUCGACCUAUAUCCCUGCUCAAAGUACUGCACUUCCAACAGAGAUCCCGUCUUCCGCUCUUGCAGUCGUCUCUGCAUCAUCGGACGUUGAGGAUGAGACUUGCGAAUCUUAAACAAGGAAUCCAUAUGCAAGAGGGAGGAGAGAAGGUUGGGGUCUCUUCUUGUUGUGAUGAAAACUUAUGAAGGCAUUAUUGUAUAUCUAUGACGUCUGUAAUUACCUCUUAUAG